CUGAUGAUGUGCUCCACGAGCACGAAACUGCAGUAGUGACAAACUACGCUAGGACCAUAUUGAUAGAGAAGUAUCGAUAGAUGAGCCCAGUAUUCAUGUAACUGCAAGACAUUUAACAAGUCCUACAAAAAAAGGAAAUUCAAAAAUAGAGAAGUAUCGAUAGAUGAGCCCAGUAUUCAUGUAACUGCAAGACAUUUAACAAGUCCUACAAAAAAAGGAAAUUCAAAAAUAGAGAAGUAUCGAUAGAUGAGCCCAGUAUUCAUGUAACUGCAAGACAUUUAACAAGUCCUACAAAAAAAGGAAAUUCACAAAUAGAGGUCACAAGGUGCAAGGCAUGAUAUGACUAAGAGCUAUUAAUACUACGUCUGAUGCCUUACAAAGCUUAUGACAGAAGUAUCGAUAGAUGAGCCCAGUAUUCAUGUAACUGCAAGACAUUUAACAAGUCCUACAAAAAAAGGAAAUUCAAAAAUAGAGAAGUAUCGAUAGAUGAGCCCAGUAUUCAUGUAACUGCAAGACAUUUAACAAGUCCUACAAAAAAAGGAAAUUCAAAAAUAGAGGUACUAGGCUUAUUGAUUAGUUGACCCUUCUGAUUAUCAUGGCAUAAGAUUAUCUAAAAAGUUUCACAAGAACAUAAAGUGAAAGGUUACAAAUGUUAAAACAGACUGAAAAGGCUAAGUGUCCAAUAUGUGGAAAAGUUAUUUCAGGUCCAAGAAAUAUGAAGUAUCAUAUAUUUUGUCACACGGGCGAGCGGCCCUUUAAAUGUUUGACAUGUGACAAAACAUUCUUCUACCAAUAUCAAGUAAAGAGUCAUGUGUUGACACACUCAGAAAAGUGUCCUUAUAAGUGCAGUUUAUGUGGAAAAGGCUUUACAUCCAAAAGAAAUUUAAGGUCACAUACAUUGUUUAUUCAUACAGAAAGGAACCGAUAUAAGUGCACAACAUGUGGAAAGUCAUUUGUAUUCAAAUGCAAUUUGAAGUCACAUACACGGGUUCAUACAGAAGAAAGACCUUAUAAGUGCACUAUAUGUGGAAUAACCUUUGUAUACAAAAGAUAUUUGAAUUCACAUACACGGGUCCAUACAGGAAAAAGACCUAGACCUUAUGAGUGCACUACAUGUGGAAAAUCAUUUUUAUGCAAAAGCCAUUUGGAGUCACAUACAAAGGUUCAUACAGGAGAGAGACCUUAUAAGUGCACUACUUGUGGAAAAUCCUUUUCAUUCCAAAACCAUUUGAAGUUACAUUCAAGGAUUCAUACCAAAGAGAGACCUUAUAAGUGCACUACAUGUGGAAAAUCCUUUUCAUUCCCUGGCGGUUUGACGUCACAUACACGGGUCCAUUCAGAAGAGAGACCUUAUAUAUGCACUACAUGUGGAAAGUCCUUUCCAUCCAAAAGCCAUUUGAAGAAACACACACAAGUCCAUACAGGAGUGAAACCUUAUAAGUGCACUAAAUGUGAAAAAUCCUUUACAACCAGAAGAAAUUUGAAUUGUCAUACUCGAGUCCAUACAGGAGAGGGACCUUAUGAGUGCACUAAAUGUGAAAAAUUCUUUGUACACAAACACAAUUUGAAGACACAUACUCGGGUUCAUGAAAAAGAGAAAUGUCAUAUUUGCACUACAUGUGGAAAGUCAUUUCAUCACAAAAUAGGUUUGAACUCACAUAUACUGACUCAUACAGGAGAGAAACCUCAUAAGUGUUCUAAUUGUGGAAUGUCCUUUUCACUCCAAAGCAAUUUGAUACGACAUACACAAGACGUCCAUACAGGAGAAAGAUCUUUCACAUGCAGUAAAUGUGGAAAAUCCUUUACAUCCAAAGCCAAUUUGAAGUCCCAUACAUGGGUCCACAUAAAAGAGAAACCUUAUAAAUGCAAUACAUGUGGAAAAUCAUAUGCAUCAAAAAGCAUUUUGACGAAACAUACACGGGUUCAUACAUGAAUGAAACCUUGCAAGAGCAAACUAUGUGUGAGAAAUCUUAAACAUCAUAAAGAAAUUAUAACAGACAUUGUUUUAAUUCAUAGCAAUAAACUU